AGUGGCAGCCCUGGUUAAAAAUAGAGGUGAAAGUUUUCUAUUACUUAUCGAUUAACGAGUACUUGCGAAAUUGGGCCGUUUCGAUGUCAUUUAUAAAAUGACAGUGCCAGUUCGAUUUUUUUCUUAUUUCAUUGCUGUCAUUUUUAUUGUUAAACAUUUGCAAAUUAUCCUCCAGCAGGAAAAUGCAUCAUCCAAAAGCAAAAAUGGAUGAAUUUAAAACAAAAUUUAUGGACUUGCUACAUAAACAGACCAAUAGGCAAAUGAAAAUACCAGCAAUGGGUUUCUCCGAUUAUUUCAUACAGAGUGUGACAGCGGAGCCCACCGAAGUUGCUGCGAGCGUGUCGACAGGUGGAAAGAAUGGAUGUGGACUACCUGCGACGGAGGAGAAUGAAAGCUCUGCCGCUGCAGAUAACGCUGCUGAAGCACAAAAAUCAGAUCAGGAAAUACUGGAAAGCAUUGAGGAAAUAUAUUUUAAAUACGAAAUCGGGGAAGAGUGCGAUGUACAUGGUCAAUACGAAUUACGAAAAGUACUUAGCAAUGGAGUUAACUUCCAAUUAAUUGAUGAUACCAUUGCUCAAUUACGUACACAGCAUAAAGUUUUGUCCAAGCAAGUGUUACAGAAUAUUUUGGAGCAACGAAGUGCUUGCAACGAAGAGUUUGCUACAAUCAGCGAUAUUCAAAAAGAGCUGGAAGAAUCUUUGUGGACAUGUCGAAAGGCGCGUUCUUAUUUAAAUUUUGCAAAGGUAAACCUUACUACGACAAGUUUGGAGAUAUUAGCAUCCUACCGCAAACGAGAGAUUCUCAAAGAGUUGUUAAACUCUCUAGACGCUAUAAAAAAACUGAAAUCUACCGAUGUUGAAGUACAAAAAUUUCUCGCUGACUAUAACUAUUCCGGAGCCAUAAGCUUGCUGCUUAAGUGUAAGGAUUCUGCCGAUGAAUAUAUGCAAUACAAUUGCGUUCAGUCGCUUAAUAAGAAAUUACAAGAGACCCUUUUGUUAACCGAGUUUCAGUUGGAUACCGUGCUUAAUGAGAUGAUUUUGAAUUUUGAUAUGCGCAAAUAUGCUAAACUGCAAGAGGCCUACAAACUAUUAAAUAAAUCUCUAAUUGCAAUGGACCAGCUACACAUCAACUUCAUUUCAGCUAUACAUUCCUCAGUGAACUCAGUGCUGCGCGCUUACAACGAUCCAAAUAUUGAUGAAAACAUGAAAUUCCUUUACGAACAGCUUUGUGAACAAGUGACUGUGGACAAAUACAUUUCAUGCUUGAUCACCUUGUGCAAAACAUUCUGGACUAUAUUGGCGUCUUACUAUCAAAUAGUUGUAUGGCAUCAAAAUUACAAAUUGUAUCCCUUGGAUUCUGUAGACUCUGCCGACCUAUACAUUCAGGAGAAACUAAAGAAGGGUCAGUCGCGUAUUUGGAAUGAUAUUCUCACAAAGAUUUGUUUAUUCUUGCAAAGCACUAAACUGAAAACCCUUAAGUAUGACCAGUUCAUACAGGUACUAUCCAUAGUGCAACGAUUAAAGAAAGUUGGUCUAGAAUUUUGUGGUGAGCAGUCAGAGAAACUUAUUGAAACGAUGCAAAUGCAAAGUCAGGAGUUUUUCCAACGUUAUCACAUCGCUUGUCUAGAAGAGAUAUGCCUCUUUCUUGAUAAUGAGUCAUGGACGAUGGUUGAUUCUUUUGUGAAUAUAUUACAGUUGCCGGAAUUUCGAUCUUUUCGUAAUACACUGAGACGGCAUAAAUCACCGCAUGCAGCACCCGUACUCAUCUCGGCAUCAUCAGUAAAUAACUCGCCUACAAGCAAUAAUAACUGUGAUGAGUUGGGGUCUGUACAGUCGCAAGAUGGUGGUAGUUCCAUUUAUGGUUCCUAUGGAUAUUUUCUACGUUUCUCCGAAAAGAGUUCACCCUUUGACGGUGGCCUAGAUGUAGCAAUGCUUGAAGAGGAUAUACUCUCCGGAAUCGUAGACGAAGCAUCUUGUUAUUUUUCAGAGGAAAGUGACGACGAACAAAAAAGCAUGCAAAGUAAAUAUGAGGAUGAUGGUCUAAAUGGACAUGCUAUUGUAAACAAUACUACUUUAAAUGUAUUUCGUUGUAUUGGGCGCUAUUUACAAAUGUGCAAGCUGUUGCACUGUAUAUCACCGAAAAUUGUGGCUAGUAUGCUGGAAUUAAUGGAUUUCUACGCUUAUGCUGUGCAUGAAAUCUUUGGCAAAGAUGCCCCCGUGACGAUGGAAAAAUAUUAUAACGCACGUCUUGAGCAAAAGCUUCAAUCAGUUCUACAAAAUGUCGUAACAAAUAUCAAAAUUUGGCCAUUGAACUUUUCAUCUCUAAUCAACAAUGAGCUUGCAAAUCCAGAUACUCUAUAUGGACUAUCCCAGCGCAUUGUGGCGGUUGAGAGUGGACAUUCCAUGACACAACAGUUCCAAACACUUCAUAAUUACCUCAAUCACUUGCUGCCACUACAAGAGCGACCGAUGCUAACUGCCUACUUUAAUUACAUUGAAUUUAUGUCCGAUAUAGCACGACCAGUGUACACUUGCGUUACUUCAAGGGUGAUUGAUUUGCAAACAGCUCUGGCGAUGAUGGCAAAGGUGAAAUGGGAUGUUAAUCAUGUCAGCUUUCAACACAAUAAUUAUAUUGACAUAAUGAAUCGCAAUAUUCAAAGCUUUGCAAUGCGUCUGGAAGAAAUUGCGAAAGAGAUAAGUGUGCCUUCAGAAUUCGUAUGGAAUUCAAUGGCUCAUGUCGCGACGCAUUUACUGGUAGAAGGCUUCUCCAAUGUGAAGAAAUGCUCUGCCGGUGGACGUGCUCUAAUGCAAUUAGACUUUACAAAUUUCAUGUCCAUACUUGAGUUGAUAUCCAAUCAAAAAUAUCCCGAUCAUCGAACUUAUGUUGACGGUUUUAUAAAAGCGUACUAUUACUCGAAUGAACAAUUUGAAGAGUGGAUCGAAACACAACGUAAUUUAGAGCAGUAUUCCACAAAGCAACUUACCAAUCUGAUACAAUGCGUUUGUGUCAGUGAUAAACGCACCAGACAUAAGCUAUUGCAGCUAUUAGGUGGAAAUAGCAGUAGCGUUGGAAACGGCAAUAACCUCAAUAUAAGUAUAAGUAGCACAUAGUUGCAAUAUCAUUAAGUAACAACCUCGAAUUAAUGUGAGGCCUCCACUUGGUCAUAGCACAAACAAUUGAAAUGAAUUUGAAUUUUAAUGCUGCGUUAAUGUCUCGAAAACAUUCCAUUUAAUUUUUCAACUUUCGCUUAUUGAAAAUAUUAUUUAAUCUAUUAUUGAUUCGAUCUCUCAUUAACCAUUUUUAUAGGUACUCUUAUUGUACUUCAGUCUCUCUGAAAACUAACCUCCAUAAUGUAUUAAUGCCUAUUACGGUGUCCUGCGGAUGGCGGAUAUCAUCCGACUCGCACUGCCAUAACAAGUAAGUGUGGACGAUGAUUCUUGAGAAUGACAUCUGCCGGACACAUGUCUGUUAUGGUCCAACGAAUGUCAUUUCGUAAUAGGGAUGAUUAUGUUAUCUGAAAUUGGUGUAACUUGAAUCUCGAAAACAUGUAAAACAUUUCUCUAUAUACUACAUAUUUAUCUAUUUUAUCAGGCAGAUGGUUCUGCAAUUCACUUCCGAGUGAAUUUGAUUCAAGUUCGCUUUGAAUUCAAAUUGGCAGGGGUUUAAAUUCACUCGGAAGUGAAUUGCAGAACCUGCCCGCAUAUAUAGUCAGUUUUAUUUAACACACGGUUUAAUAUAUCGCUAGCUUAGAGUGAAAAGUUGCUAAGUCCAAUUUUUAUGAAAACUCAUAUUUUGAUAAAGGAGGCUAGAGAAAUUAAGAAUGCGUCGAUUCGAAAAAGGUAAAGGUUCCUGUUUUAUGUUUUCUUGUUUAUAUUCAAUGAAAGGCAAAUUUGCUAAGUCCAAAAAAAAUGCUCAGAAAAUGCAAUAAGGUCAAAAUAGGUCGAAAUCUUUUAAUAAAGAUCGAAUCUUUCUGAUUCUUAUGGAAUUUUGAUUUGCUCUAAACAAGAAAAAUG